GAUCUUCAUGCAGAUAGACAUCGAAAGCAUCAGCUUGACUCGACCAUUGUUGUACAGAUAAUUUUCGAAGUGUUUCUAAAAAAUUCCAUCCCUCGACAAUCUUCAUGUCCUCCUUGACACAAUCUAUGUCUAUCAUGUUCCCAUAAAAUCAAACAAUGCCCCCUUUCUGCUCGUUGAGGCCCGGUGAGUAGAGGUCGACGCUCUACUAGUGUUGCCUCCUCUCAUCAAUUGCAACGAGAAGUGGCUGUCGCAAUGGCCGCCGCAGUUGCCGCUCCGUUACCACCCGGGAGCGGCACAUCAACCAUGCCCGGCACAACCGCCGCGGGUUCCUCCGCAGCGAGCACCUCAGCCGAGGCCACCGCGACGCUGACGCGGAAGGUGCGGAAGGUGUUGCAACUGCGGCCAGAUUUGCUUCGGGACGAGCUGAAAUGUCUGUCCAAAUUUGUCUCAGACAACAACGCGCACACACGCCGGAAUCUGCGCUCGCACGUGGAACAGCAAAGUUUGAAGGUGCCUAGAGAUUACUCAUGGUGGAAUUAUGUCGUGUUUGUCUAUUUUUUUUUCCUCAUGAAGAUCGGAUCUGCAUCGUGCUGGUACUACUUGCACAAAAAAAUUGUUGCGCAAAAAAAAAAGUUUAAGCGUAAAUAGUGCUGGUUUCUUCAUUCUGCAUCAGGUCCACGAGCAGUUUAUCCAGCACUUCACCCCGAUCGAGUCGAUGCUGACCGACCUGGACCAACAAAUUACCGAGUUGGGCGACUUGGCCGACCGCGUCCACUUUGAUCUGAAGGACAGCCGGAAGAAGACGAAACUGAUUCACGAGGAAGCCCUCCGUCUGCGGGAAAAGCAGCAGAUAUCGAACGAAAAACUGAAAAUCUGCAACUCCUUUUUGAAAAAGUUCCAGCUCCCCGAGGAGGACCUGGAGCGGAUCCGCAACAGCGAUUUAUCGAAUGUAAAAAUGUCUGGGUCUGGAAAACUGUGAUGCUGGGUGGCGUCUCAUGAUGAGGCCACAAGUGCUGGCUCAGCAUGACAAGUUUCUGAGCUUCUAGGUGUUGCCUAUUGUGCAUGACACACGGCGUUUCUGCAUCACAGAAAAAUGGAGGUCUUGGGUAGCGUGCAUGACAGAUUUAAGAGUCAUGCCAGACAAGCUUGACAAACAUGAAUUCUUCCAGACCCAGACAUUUUUACAUUUGAUACGAUUACCCGAUCGACAACCGGUUUUUCCAAAUUCUGGAAAAAAUCGAGGAAAUUCGGCGGAACUGCACCUUUUCAUCCUCGGGCGGCGGGGCGGGUGGGGGCGGAGGAGCUGGGGACGGAAGUAGCAUUGUCGGCGGUGGACCCGCCGCGGGAAGUACUAUUGCAUCCAUUCAUCCCGGCACAACAAGCUCCGGCGUUGGGACGAGCAGGCUAAACAAAAACUACAGCUUAUGGAAGUGGCAGAAUCGAAAUUGACAAAAAAUUGACAAAAUCGAAAAAUUUGUGAUGCACACAAUCGAUGUCAGUUGGAGCCUCACUUUCCAAGUGGCGCAUGACAAAUUUCGGGGGAGACCAAAUCCAGUCUGUCAUGCUGUUUGGGCAAAGAAGACUGCUCCUGUCAUGCUACUCUGGCAGCACAUUGUAUACCCCUAAACAGGCUGCCAAUCGGUCUCAUUUGCCUGCUCCCCAAUACAGGCCUGCAGUGCCCUACAUUUUACGCAUCACAAAUUUUUCGAUUUUGUCGAUUUCGAUCCUGGCACACCCAUACAGCUCGAACAUGUCCGACGCAAGUUCGGUGACGAAUUUCACGACAGUGAUAUCAAAAGCAAAAAUCCCCCCUCCCCAUAUCGAAAAGGUAUGUUUUCGAAAAUUUGUGUUGCUGAUUUGAGGUCGCAAAUCACAUUUGUAUUGCAAGAAGACACCGGCAGAAGCUUCCGCCACACUAUGGAAGCGAUUUGUCAUGCUAUUGGGCCUAAAGGGGAGCCGCUUGCCAUGCUGAACAACUAGACGCAUACGCCCCUGCCUAGCCUGGGGAUCUGACUGCAAUGCUUUCCUGCAAUACAAACCUGAUUUGUGCACUCAAAUCCAGCAUCAGAAAUCUCGUUUUGAUGUGGGGAGGGGGGAUUUUUCCUUUUGAUAAGUGACGAACAAAAACGGUUUCUCGGCGUUGCUGAACCAGACCAGCGCGUUUGACGUGAUCCAGGAGACCACGGAGAUCCUCGACAUUGCGUUUGAGCGCUUGUUUGUGUCCGUGCAGCAGCAGUGCCGCCGGCUCGCGUCCAGCAGCGGCACUACUUCCUCGUCCUCAGGAACAAACAGCACGAGUGCGACGUUUCAGUCCUCGGACUUCCUGAAGCUCCCCUCCGCGAACCUGAAAAAGUUAUGACAGUGCACAACUUCCUCUCCCCCUCAUUUGUAUAGCAUGAACGGCAAUACAAGCAUCAGCAAGAAUACCGGUUUGGCAUGACAAAUUUGCACUGCAGUGUAGUGCUAUUUGGUCGACGACCAGAACUUGUCAUGCAAACAGUGCCAAGAGGCAAAGGGUGGAUUGGGUAUUUUGCAUGACAACUGAGGGGGAGGGGGAGUUGUGCACUGUCAUAGAAGUCGCUGCAGUACCUGAAGGACCGCCCGGUCUACUUCAACCACUGUCUGCGCGACAUCGCCAAAAUGCGCAAGCAGCUGCUCAAUGCCCGGUUCCACGAGGCACUUUCCCGCGGGGACGGGCACAGUCGCCCGAUCGAGAUGUGCAAAACGUACGAUCCCGUGCGGUAUGUCGGGGACAUCCUAGCCUGGAUCCACGAAAAUGUUGCCACCGAAAAGGAGGCACUGACCACGUUUUUAGGUAAAAUCUAUUUCUGGUGUCAUCUCGUCGUGUGAUGAAAGUGAAUGUAAACUAAAAGUAGAAAAAACUGAAAGCAAAGUAUACUAUACAAGCAGUGCAAGAGAGGUCAAAAAUGCCGGCAUUAAAACUGACUGUAUCACAGGUAUGUCCAUCAAGCCGCGACAGAAGAUCACGCAGUUGCACCAGAAUUUUUUAAAGGACAACAACUCCGCAACGGAUGUGGCCUCGACUGCCAACAACCCAGAUUUCGACCUGCACAGCCGCGCGGAGGUGCUUUCUAGCAUCGUCAACUACAACGAAGCGGUUCAGAACGACGACGGGCUACUGGCGGACUUGAACAGCAUCCUCGACUUAUCCUGUGUAAAAACGUCCCCAGCAAGUCAAGUUGGUAAAUCUGCAACACAAAUCUCCAAGUUUUGGGAGCUUCGCAUGACAAGCUUCCAUCUGCAGUGUAGUGCUGGUUAGCAAGGGAAGCCGGAUGAGAAACCCAGCUUCCCAUCCAGCCUACAGCACGACAAAGCACAAAACACGAUUGGAAAUGCCUCUCCUGGAGACGCGCAUUACAAAUGUUCCUCUCAGUGCGCAUUUGCAUGACAACUCUGGUGUGGGGACAUUUUUACUCAGGAUACGACUUCGUGCUCGAGGGGCUCCUGGACAGCUUCAAGCAGCGGAUAGAGUCCCUGCUCUCCAACGAAUACGAACUUCCGCUGCUGAACUACUACAAGAUUUCCCGCCUCAUGAGCUACUUCAAGUCCCAACUGUGCGAGCCGCAACAGAAAAAGGAUAGAACUUAUCAUGCAACAUCAAAUGCAUCUUCGUCGAGAAAGGAACAAUUCCACCUCCUGCAUAAGGACAACCGGCUCGUCAAGCUCUUGUCGAUGUUCCAGCAGCGCAUGAUGGGGAAGUUUCUCGAAGUCUGCGAUCGCAAUUCCCAGCUGAUGUAUCAAACAAAAAAAGUUCGUCGCGAUCACUCAUGCGCAUUUUUGCAAUACAAAACUGUCUGUCAUGCGUAAAAAUGCAUCACAGCCAAACUUCAUAAGUGAUUUCCCUAGUGUUUCUGCAAUACAAGAAAAACCUGUGAUGCUGGAAAAAUUUCUCAUGCAAAACCUGCACGUUAGUGACUGUGACAAACUUUUUUCUUUCCAUAUGAUGCGCGAGGAAUUCACGACUACUUCCUCUUCUGGGAACGCUUCAGCCCUCCUCCCCCCGUCGAACCCCAUGAUCGGGGGCGGGUCUAGUAGCGGCCUCGGUGGAACAACGGGCACGACUGGGGUAGCGGGCAACAACAUCCAGGGAACUUCUUCUACCGGCCCCUCGACCAUGCCGGGAGGAGGAUCGUCUUCUUCUUCUAGCUCUUCGCGGAGUCGGUACGCGAUCCUCGACGAUUUGUCAGCACCAUUGUUUGUGCUGGACACGGUGCGGCUAAUGGAGGAAAUUGUCGCCGACGUGGAGAGCGAGGAGGAUUUUCAGCCCGUGGUCUGCGCCGCCUACGACCCGUUGCUCAAUUAUUGCCGGUGCUGUUAUUUACAAUUUGUUUCUGCCAAAAAUGUUGUUGAUGUUGCAAUGUUGAGCUUGAGUGUGCAGUACCUCGUCCAGUGGAGUCACUUAAAGUUCAGCUGGUUUAGACGACCUAUCAAGAAGCAUUUCUUGUGGCCCCUUUGAAAGAGCCCCCUCUUCACGAUAUUUCCAGCACUGCUCUAAUUUCCCCCCCUUGUCAACACAUACAAAACAGGCAAAUGUUUUCCAACGAUGCGUGUGACCGCGCGGUUUUCCUGAUCAACUGCCUGUCGUUGAUGACCGAGCCGUUGAAACGGACCAGAUUCGUAUCGUGAGGAAAAAUCCCCCCUCGCCAUAUCGUGCAGGAAAUUUGUGAUGCUGGAUUUGCUUACACAAAUCGCGUUGUAUUGCUAGAAGGCCAAGGGACGCACUUGCGGCCUUAAUUGCAGGCAAUUUGUCAUGCUGUUUCCCACUUCCAGUUGCCUCCUGUCAUGCUGAAGAUGCAGGGCCUUCUUACGCCAGCCAGCCCUACAGUCUGCAUCUUUUCCCUUCUAGCAUGACAACAUGAUUUGUGGUCACAAAUCAGCAUCGCAAAUUUCCAAUUUGAAUAUGGCGUGGGGGGAUUUUUCAUUUUGAUAAUUCGCCACCGAACGCGUAGAAAUGUACAACCACCUGCUCCUCGAGCAAAUCGAGUACCUGGACAAUUUCCAGGCCGAAGAGGUCCUGCAGAAGCUGAAUUUGCUGGAAAAAGUGGAAGCGCUGCGAAAGGUGUGGGGGGCCAGCACUUCCACAGGACCAGGUACUGCUGCUGCUACCACGACAUCGUCGUCGAAAGACAGCUCGCAGACUACUGGUGGUUCGACACCGGCAUCUUCGUUGACUACCCCGCCCCCAACGUUGCAGCAACUCCAAGCCAUCCCAGAGCUACACCCCGUGGGACUGUCCUCGGUGCUCCGGACGUUCUACACGUCUUUGUUCACGCUGAAGACCCUGUCCCUCCAGCACGUGGAAAAGAUCAGCAACCGGCAAAUUCGCGAGCAGUCGCGACGUAACGUGUGCGGGAAAAUCUCGGACGCGUACGCAUUCUUGUACGACGGAAUCCAGGCGCUGAACAUCACCACGCACACCAAGGAGCAGGUGGCAAUGCUUUUGGAUCCCGGAAUAAAUCACGCAACCAGCACGGCAGUGACGGCGGGAGCUGUAGUGGGGGGGAAUAUCUAA